AUGCCCGACGACUCAAUUCGCCCUCUCAUUUACGCCCGAUCGUUCUCCCCCGCGCCGACUGUCGAAGCUCUCAAUCCUACUAGUAUGGAUAAUUUGGAUCUCGCAGGGGGUAACGUGCGGAGGAAAGGGACGGUAUCAUGGGUUCUGGCGCUCUCCUAUGCUUUCGACUGGGUCGUACUCGCCGCCUUUGCCGCCAUCGGCUACGUUCUAGGGCAUAUCACUCCGAAUAAGCGGCCUUUCUCUCUAGACGACCGCAACAUCGCCUUCCCUUUCACCGAGAACGAAACGGUUCCGGUCUGGCUCGCGGUAGUUGUCGCCAUUCUCGUCCCCAUCUGCAUCAUCGCCGUCAUCUGCCUCAUCUUCGUUCCCGGUGCGACAGUCCCCGUUGGAACUCCCAAGUCUCUGAUCUGGAAGCGCAAGCUAUGGGAGCUGCAUACUGGCCUGCUCGGGCUCGCCAUGUCUGUGGUCGCGGCUUGGUUUAUCACCAACGGCAUGAAGAACCUAUUCGGAAAGCCACGGCCCGAUCUCUUAGAUCGAUGCCAGCCUGACCUCGACAACAUUUCCAAGUAUAUUAUUGGCGGGUUGAAGGGGCUGAGAACGGCGACCACGAGCAACCAGCUCGUGAGCCCUGACAUUUGCCAGAACCCAGACAAGUCUACGCUGGACGACGGUUUUCGCAGUUACCCGAGCGGGCACUCGAGUUCUUCCGCUUCAGGUCUGAUCUACUUCUCUCUCUUUAUUGCGAGCAAGUUUGCCAUCACGAUCCCAUUCCUCGCCCCAGCCGGUUUCGCCGACGCCUCCGCCUUCACCGCUUUCCCUUCGCGCACACGUUUACCGAGCAUCAAGGUCUCAGGACCCGACACCUACGAGCUUUCCAACCGCGGCCCCGGCGCGCCGACACCAUCGACGCUGGACUCAGCCCUGGGCAACAAGGGGAUCACGCGCCACAACCAAACCGUCUCGGCCGUCCGGCGGCAGGCCGCGGCGCCGCCCAUCUACCUCCUCUGUCUCGCCGUAUUGCCCUUCUUCGCGUCGGUCUACAUCGCCGGCUCGCGGUGGUGGGACUUCCGGCACCACGGCUUCGACAUCAUCUUCGGCUACCUCAUCGGCACCGUCUCGGCCAUCUUCGCCUUCCGCUACUACCACCUCCCCAUCUCCAGCGGCGCUGGGUGGGCGUGGGGACCCCGCAGCCACGACAAGGCCUUCUGGGCCGGCGUGGGGAGCUUCAGCUACGCCACGGACCACUUGCGCGGGGAGUACCGCUCCGGGGACGAGGAGGAGGCUCUUACCGGCGGCGCCGGCGGCGGCGAUGCGUACGGUCGCGGCAGCGGCAUGAGCGCCGCCACGGAACCGCGUUCCUCCUCACGCAAGGGGACGGCUUCGGAUGAUCGGGAGGUCUCGUAUGCGAGCGAGGCGCGGAUUUAG